AUAACAAAGUCCCUCACAGUCUCUAACCUCUUACACGCGGAGAUAUGAUAUUCUGAUAUCGCAAAUUAAAAUAUCCUCCAUGUAAUAAUUUCAUAUCUAACUCCGAUGAGUGUCUCGUGUGAGUGAUCGUGCAACCUCAUUCAGAAAUUCAUCAAUUAAAAUGUCAGCAGGAUUCAGCGGUGUACUCCAACUUACAGACUUGGACGACUUCAUCACACCUUCGUUGGAAUGUAUCAAGCCAAUCAAAGUCGAAAAAAGUACCACCAGCACAGGCUCCAAGAUAAAAAUCGAAAAUGACGGCUCUUAUGUUCAAAUUAAAGCGGGUGGAGAUGCAGAACGGCUGAAGAGGGUUGAUAUAUCUUUGAACGACUGCUUGGCUUGCAGUGGAUGCAUCACCUCAGCUGAAACUGUGCUUGUCACCCAACAAAGCCAAGAGGAAAUGCUCAGAGUUUUCGAAGAAAAUCUUCAAUUGAAACAGUCAGCACCAGAGCAAGCCAAACUGAUAGUUGUCUCUAUAUCUGUGCAACCUAUUCUCUCUCUAGCAGUGAGGUAUAAUCUGAAACCUACAGAGACUGCAGAAAGAUUAUCAGGUUAUAUGAAAAAAUUAGGUGCUGACCUAGUGGUCGACUGUUGUGUCGGAGAAGACUUUGCUCUUCUAGAGGCACAAAAUGAAUUCAUCGAACGUUACCAAAACCAUCAAAACAAUCCAAAAUCUGAAUCAUUACCAAUGUUAGCAUCUUCCUGUCCCGGUUGGGUUUGUUACGCUGAGAAAACUCAUGGCAGCUUCAUUUUACCGUACAUCAGUGCCACGAAGUCCCCUCAACAAAUAAUGGGCUCGCUUGUCAAAAAUUUCCUAGCAAGUAUCAAAGGAAUAAACCCCAAUCAAAUUUAUCAUCUCACCGUUAUGCCAUGUUAUGAUAAAAAAUUAGAAGCAUCUCGUAACGAAUUUUAUAAUUCUGCGUUCGAAACUCGAGAUGUGGACUGUGUUAUCACUGCCAUUGAACUAGAAGCGUUACUAUCAAGCAGCAAUUUAGAUCUUGCGGAUAUGCCCUCUUCUUCCGUUGAUUGGCCGUGGAAUGCAAAACCACCAGAUUAUCAAGUCUCUCGGCACAUAGGAUCCGGGUCUGGUGGAUACGCUCACCAAAUUUUCCUUCAUGCCGCCAAGAUAUUACAUCCAAACAUCGAACCCCAUUUGGAUUUUAAACCGCUCAGGAAUAUUGACUUUCGUGAAGUCAUCUUAGAGAAUGAUGGUAAAGUCCUUCUCAGAUUCGGAAUUGCCAACGGUUUUAGAAACAUUCAGAAUUUGGUGCAGAAACUGAAAAGGAAAAAAUGCCCUUAUGACUAUGUUGAAGUGAUGGCUUGUCCCUCAGGGUGUCUAAAUGGUGGGGCUCAAGUGAGAUCGAAAGAAGACAGCACUUCUCGUGACCUCAUCCAGAAACUAGAAAACUUAUAUGAAAGCCUGCCGCUGCAUAAACCAGAAGAAAACCCAACGGUUUUAGAACUUUACAAUCAGUGGCUUGGACCACACAGCGACAGAGGGAAGUCAAUGAUGCGGACAACCUAUCACGCAGUAGAGAAAAACACGACAGCCUUGACUAUCAAGUGGUAAACAAGGCUAGGUAACUGUGUGAAAUUUCUUUGGUGGUAAUUUGCCUUGAAUAUAUGGUGGAAGCUGUCUUUUCAAGUUUUUAAGGGUGAACCGCUGUUUUGGUUUCGUAUAUGACGAGGAGUUGGAUGGCAACAAAACAGCUCAAGUGGAACACCGCUGAGUGGAUAGUGGGAGCUUCUUGGCAAGUGUAGCUACAUCCAUUAUUCAAGUGAUAUUUAUUGUUGCUGUAUGAUAAAUGAAAUGUAACCGUUCUCGGGAAAGGAACCGUAGUGCUGGAAAUUCAGAAAGUAGAUAUUCAUUGGUUUUGUUGCUUCGAAGAGCCUCUUUUGCACAGAAAUUGCCCAAAAAUUUUGAACCCAAUCAAAGUCAUGACAGUUUGAAUUGUCCAGUCUAAAAAACAUAGUUUUUUUGGGAACUUCCUUAAACCAUUGUGUUUUUUUACCUAAUUUUGGCUAACACAUGCAAAAAUCAGUAAUUCUGAACAAUCCAAUUACCUACGAAAUCCAGAAAAGAGAGGAAUACCAGUGAGAAGUGAUAACAAGAUAUCUGAAUGAGCCCUCUUGUCCAGUGGCAAUUAAAAUUAGAUAAUAAUUAUUAAUAUCUUAAAAAAAUUGUGAUUCUUACGUUCGCCAUUAGGUGAGGGGCUUUUUCCCUCAGGAAAUUUAUCAUUUUCAUUCGUUAGAAUUUCUUCUUGUUUGCAUACUCUGUCAGGAAUGAAUAAAAUAAGAAUGAAUGUCUAUGAUGGUUAAACUAUUAUGAAGUGGUGGAAAAAACUAAUGAAGGCACAAAGAAAGUAGCUUAACACAGCGGCACAACCUGUGGCUCAGAUGCUCAAGAUUCGUGGUGGUCCAGGAGUUUGAAAAGCUUCUGAGGAGGUUGCAUUCCACCUAUACACAAACUAAAAGAAAAAUCUACAGAAUCUUCGUAGACGAAUGCCCCUUGCAUUUCAGGAACAGCUUCAUCUUGGUGGCCAAAGAAUUCUUUCUUGGACAAUAUGGUGGGGUGACUUUUUUGUACAGUUUUAUUUUGUGCAAAACAAAAAUAAUAAAAAAUUACGGUGGGAAGUAGAACUUGGAGAAAUCACUGAAAAAGGUUUUUUUUUAAAUGGCUGAUCAGUGUAAACAGAAACUCUUUUUUUAAAAAAAACCAUUCAAUUUAUUUCUAUAAAAUUAACCUAUACAAGAUAAUGCAAUAUUUACAAAAAGUUUGUCACUGAAAAAAAGAAAUUACAUUUGUCGAAGGUAAUAAUAGAUGAAUUGGAACUCAGAAAAAAAAGUUAUCUCAGAGCAAAGAAGUAUGUACACUGAGUGAACUAAGAUACUAGGUCAGUGGGGAAAAACGAGUGGAAAAAUAUGAACCUUGAUACAUUUUCAUCUUAAUAUAUCUUUUAAACUGUGUUUUGAUAGUGGCUGUACAAUUUAUUUGAAGAAUGUUGCAAUUGCUGUGAGGAUCUGUUACAACCCAAGCUGUUUUCUAAAUGAGCCAUUUAAUUGAAUCACCAAAAAUGAGCUCCUGAAUUUACUGUCUUAAAGUUUUGAAAUUUAAAUCAGAAUUUCAGUUUUUCUACUUCGACCACCCCUUGUUAUUUCAAGUUACAUGAUUUUUUGUCAACUUCACAGUCAUCCCAUCUAAGUUGCAGGCAUGAUGUUUUUUCUGAAUUCAAUUCGUUCUCGAAAAUGUUGGUGGUAUUGUAUGAAAAUUGUUGGAAUUUUGUUGGUCUAUUUUUGUCCAAAGAAAGAGGAAUUAAAUACAAAAUAUUUGUACCUGAA